AUGGAGGAUCUAACCCACAUUGCAGAUUCAAGUAUUGUGAUCAAGAAAAAGAAAACUAAAGGUCGUCAAAAAAUCGACCCUACUAAGAAAAUUCAAAACCCCACCAGUCUUCAAGUCACAUUCUCUAAACGACGAACCGGGUUGUUCAAGAAAGCCGCUGAGUUAAUCUUUUCAUUCGGUCACCCCAAUGUGGAUGUUGUCGUUGACCGUUUUCUUGAUAAUAAGGAGUUGGAAGAAGAGAUGAAGAAAGGCGAAGAAACGAGUAAUUUAAUGUGGUUCGAUCAGCCGAUUGAUGGAAUGAAUCUUGAAGAGUUGGAAGAGUAUCUGCAUUCUUUGGUUGAGUUCAAGAACAAUGUCGACACAAGGGCUAAUCAACUUAUGAUGAUCAACACAGAUCCAAGAAUCUUGGGCUUGAAUUUCGUUGAUUUUGGGUUGAAUAAUGGUUUUCCAAUGAUGGGUGUACACUGA